AUGGAGAGGUAUGAGAUUAUGAAAGAUAUUGGGUUUGGGAAUUUUGGGGUGGCCAGGCUGGUCAGAGAUAAGUUGACCAGAGAGCUCUUUGCUGUUAAGUUCAUUGAGAGAGGCCAGAAGAUAGAUGAACAUGUGCAAAGGGAAAUCAUGAACCACAGAUCAUUGAAGCAUCCCAAUAUUGUUCGAUUCAAAGAGGUCCUUUUGACACCAACUCAUCUAGCCAUAGUAAUGGAGUAUGCGGCAGGGGGAGAACUCUUUGGGAGAAUAUGCAAUGCUGGCAGAUUUAGUGAGGAUGAGGCAAGGUUUUUCUUCCAGCAGUUGAUAUCAGGAGUUAGUUAUUGUCAUUCAAUGCAAAUCUGUCAUAGAGACCUUAAGCUUGAAAACACACUCUUAGAUGGCAGCACAGCACCCCGUGUAAAAAUAUGUGAUUUCGGAUACUCAAAGUCAGUAUUGCAUUCUCAGCCAAAAUCUACUGUAGGAACACCAGCUUAUAUAGCACCUGAGGUCCUAUCUAAAAGCAAAUAUGAUGGACAGAUUGCAGAUGUUUGGUCUUGUGGAGUGACCUUAUAUGUGAUGAUAGUUGGAGCAUAUCCCUUUGAAGAUCCUCAAGACCCCAGAAACUUUAGAAAAACAAUUGGGCGGAUACUUAGCGUACAGUACUCAAUUCCAGAUAAUGUCCGAGUUUCCAUCGAAUGUAGACAUCUCUUAUCUCAUAUAUUUGUAGCAGACCCCAAAAAGAGAAUAACAAUCCCAGAAAUUAAAAGCCACCCUUGGUUUGUAAAGAACUUACCUAUGGAAAUGAUGGAAGGAGGAAGCUGGCAGACCCAUGAUGUUAAUAAUCCAUCCCAAAGCAUUGAAGAAGUCCAGUCCAUAAUACAAGAGGCAAGAAAACCAGUCGGGGUACCAAAUGCAGCUCGUAAGCCUCUCAUCGGAAGCAGCAGCAUGGAACUUGAUGAUUUGGAUGCUGAAGAUAAUGAAACAAGUGGUGAUUUUCUAUUGCCAAAUAUGUGUAAUUAA